AAGUUUUCGGUUACAGUUGACAUCCUUAGCCCUCCUCCACUGAACUUUGUCACCCCGCACAAGAGGUUCUUGGCGCCCCCUGGCGUCGCAGCACUGGGCUCGGCGUGAGCAGCGUCACUCUCAGCAGCAGCAGCGGCGGCAGCAGCAACAGCAGUUCCCCCGUGUCAGGAGCUCUGCCCCCCGGCCAGUGGUGGAAGUUGUCUCCCCCGUCAGCGCAGCGGCCGGUUCGGGUUCUCGCCGCUGCUUCAGACGCUUUGGUGGCGGAGAGAGAGAACGAUAGAGAUGAGGCGGAAGCAGAAGAGGCUGCUGCAGGUCGCCGGGCUGCUCAUAGCCGCGCUGCUCUUCUUCCCGAACGUCGGGCUGUGGUCGUUGUACCGGGACCGAGUCUUUGACAACUCGCCCGACAACAGCGUGGAAGGUCCGGGCGGCGUUCCCGUGAUUCAGGACGUAAAGCGGCUGGUGAAGGACGCUCAGGUGGGACGUGACGGCGUGCGGAGGAAAGACUGGCACGACUACGAGGCAAUCAAAAGGGACGCGUCUCGCUCUGGUAACGGGGAACAGGGGAAGCCGUUCCCUCUGACCGACGCCGACCGGGUCGACCAGGCGUACAGGGAGAAUGGAUUCAACAUUUACGUCAGCGACCGGAUCUCCCUCAACCGCUCCAUCCCCGACAUCCGUCACCCAAACUGCAAACAGAAGCUGUACUCGGCGGAGCUGCCGACCACCAGCGUCAUCAUCCCGUUCCACAACGAGGGCUGGUCGUCGCUGCUCAGGACGGUUCACAGCGUCCUCAACCGCUCGCCACCGCAGCUCAUCGCCGAGAUCAUCCUGGUCGACGACUUCAGCGACAAAGAGCACCUGAAGGUGGCGCUGGAGGAGUACAUGGUGCGGCUGCUGAAGGUCCGCAUCCUGAGGACGAAGAAGCGGGAGGGUCUGAUCCGGACUCGCCUGCUGGGCGCAGCUGCUGCGACAGGAGAGGUCAUCACGUUCCUGGACUCUCACUGCGAGGCCAACGUCAACUGGCUGCCUCCGCUGCUGGACCGAAUCGCCCAGAACAGGAAGACGAUCGUGUGCCCGAUGAUUGACGUCAUCGACCACGACAACUUCGGCUACGAGACGCAGGCGGGGAACGCCAUGCGCGGAGCGUUCGACUGGGAGAUGUACUACAAGCGCAUCCCCAUCCCCGCCGAGCUGCAGAACGACGACCCCAGUGAACCCUUCGAGUCUCCAGUGAUGGCAGGCGGACUGUUUGCUGUGGACAGGAAGUGGUUCUGGGAACUGGGAGGCUACGACACGGGCCUGGAGAUCUGGGGAGGAGAGCAGUACGAGAUCUCGUUCAAGGUGUGGAUGUGUGGUGGACGCAUGGAGGACAUCCCUUGCUCCAGGGUGGGACACAUCUACAGGAAGUAUGUCCCCUACAAAGUUCCCGGAGGCGUCAGUCUGGCCAGGAACCUGAAGCGUGUGGCCGAGGUGUGGAUGGACGAGUACGCCGAGUACAUCUACCAGCGGCGACCCGAGUACCGCCACCUGUCGGCGGGAGACGUCGCCACGCAGAAGGAGCUGAGGAACCGGCUCAACUGCAAGAACUUCAAGUGGUUCAUGAGCGAGGUGGCCUGGGACCUGCCCAAGCACUACCCGCCGGUGGAGCCCCCCGCUGCCGCAUGGGGGGAGAUCCGUAACCUGGGCAGCGACAUGUGUUUGGAGAGUAAACACUUUGUGUCCGGGACGCCCAUCCGUCUGGAGAACUGUGUGAAGGGGCGAGGGGAGGUCAGCUGGAGCCAUGGACAGGUGUUCACGUUCGGCUGGAGGGAGGACAUCCGGGUGGGCGACCCCAUGCACACCAAGAAGGUCUGCUUCGACGCCAUCUCCCACAACAGUCCCGUCACUCUCUACGACUGUCACGGCAUGAAGGGCAACCAGCUGUGGCGCUACAGAAAAGACAAGAGUCUGUUCCACCCGGUCAGUAACAGCUGCGUGGACACGAACGCCAGCGAGCGGCGAGUCUUCAUGAACACGUGCGACGCGUCGUCCCUGAGUCAGCAGUGGCUGUUUGAGAGGACCAACGGCACCGUGCUGGAGAACUUCAACCGCGCCUCCAUGUGAGGCCGCCCGGUGUCACUGAGAGCUGCUGAACUGAUGCUGCUGGGAAAACAAGGAUCUUCACAUCGCCUCUGCUUUCCCCUUUUUUCUGUCUUUUUUUUAAGUGACAGCUGCUUCUCUUUGGGAACGCUCGCUCGGAAUCUGUCGCGUCCGUCUCUGCGUCCCUGCUGAUCUGCUUCAUCCCGCACGUCCGCCUCCAUCUUCCCCGCACGACUGCACCUUUGCCCACCUCCUCCUCUGUUGUCCCGUCUCAAAUCCCCUCAUGUCUGUGCAGCUCUGACAACCUCCCCAGAGACGGUGCAGGAGGAGGAGGAGGAGGAGGAGGGGGCCAAGUCUUCCUGACACCUGGAUGCAGCCAAGCAGAACCACUCUGAAAAUCACCAGGUGAAUUGAUUCUCCUCUUCAGUCCUGAUCCAACCAUCUGCUCCUCAUCCUUCACCCUCGCCUGUGCCGCGCUCUCGGGGGCAGUCGCUGCGCUGCGAGUGCAGCAGCUGGAAGACGACGGAGAGAGAACCCAGACAACUCCUCGCUGUUUUUAACCAUGAACUCUGCUCGACUUUGUUUUUUAUUUAUUAUUUGGUUCCUCGUACGGAUUCAUGUGGAAUCCACCGGCACAGAAUCUGACCCAAAACUGAGUCGCUUGUCCCGCGUGUAGAAGUGUAGAAUCUCGGGUCCUUGGAAUCCUUUAAUGUCUUCAAGGCCCUUGAAAGUGUUUGCGAUCACCCUAAACAGACACGAUGGUCAUUGAAAGUGCUUGAAUUCUGUGCCAGAAAGAAGUUAAGUCUCCCUUGUUUAUUACUCGCGGUGUUGUGGAGACUGUCCUCUGUCUGUCUCGUCACCAGUGGACGCGAGAUUCCGCGCAGAGCCCCGAGCGAGUAAAGUUAAAAACGACGUGAAGCCUGGGAGAUCUCUGUCUCACCAAAGAAAAUUAAAAAAACAGCGACGUUGACCAAGAUCCCGAGGACAAUCAGUAAAAGUGGAGCUUCAAGGACCAGGAAAUUGGUCCUGGAAAGUCCUUGAGUUUGAUUUAAGUUGUGGGAGAACCCUGUUUUUCGUCUUCUCCGGUUCGUCACAGUACUGCUGGUUUUUUCCCCCCCAAUCCUAAUCUCCCUCCACCUGCUCGGCCAGUGCUCGGAGUUCACUCACGUCACUGAGCGGGCGACGCAAGCCGACGCCCACUCCGCGGCUUCCUUCAUGACCCCGCAAGGUCAGCUGACUCACCACAGAGCCGAGUGAUUGGCCGACAAGAGGAGACACGAACUCUGGGACUGAGGCUUUAAAAAAAGAAAAAUAGAAGCAUAAAGCACUUGUGUAACGAGAAACUUGAAUGAAAUCUUAGUGCCUUGUUGGAAGAGGACUGGAGGAAGUGUGUGUGUGUGUUUGUUUUUGUGUGUGUGUGUGUGUGUGUGUGUGUGUGUGCGUCCAGACAAGUGUAGGGAACAAUUCACUCGAUUCCAGAAGUGAUUUUUCUAAUAAAAAAAAAAAAAACUGGGAUCUUUUUCCGACUAAAAACCUUCUCCCGAGUCUCAUCGUGACCUGAAGUGGACUCUGGUGCGGGACCUUGAACGCACCACAGACUACACACACACACGUGUGUGUGUAACUGCUGGCUGUGAUUUGAGCUUAAAGAGACGUUUGUUUUCUAUCACGUUUCUUGAAAAAUUCUUGAAAAAUGUUGUUUUUUGAAUCUUUCUCCAUUUUUCUCUCCACAGUCUUUUUGUUAUGUUUUGUUUUGUGUUUGUUUGUUGUUGUUUUUUAACGAGAAAGUGGUCGUAGAGUUAAGAGAAUCAACUUUAUUUUGAAAAAUCAUCUUCAUGUUUAGUUUUAACCUCGUGAUUCAGAUUGUGAUUUUUGUUUUCGUAGAUUCAUUUUUGGUAAUUUGGGCUGAAACUGAUGUUUGUUUCCAUCAUCGAUGUUUGUUUUUU